AUGAAUCGGAUGGAGGCGAUGCACAUCGAGUCCCUCACUCCGAGUCGAAAAGACGUAGCUGCCAUCCUCGGCAACUGCAAAGGCUGCUCCAAGUCUGGCUUGCACAUAUUCACCGACGACAUACCCUACGAAUGCUUUCUCCACGAGCAGCUCUGCACAGAGAUCCAAACCGAAGCUUCCGCUGAGUUCGCGAUACGCGGGCUCCACAGCAGACUGAACAGCCUCAAUAUCCGACUCGAUAACCACAAGAGAGCAAUCAUCACGAUAGAAAAGUGUCUCAACACCAUCAAUCCCAGGCGUCGCGCCACAGCCCUGUGGACUUGCAACACACGCAGGAAGGCCAUUGCGCACUUGGAGGCAAGGAUUCAACAUGACCACCGAUAUUUGGCAAUCAAGCAUGGCAUAUUCGCUGAAAGCCGAGCUGCAAUAAUCCGGAUCCAGAACAGCAUCGACAAGUCGGAGAGGGAGCAGGAUCCGAUCGAUAAGGAGUUAUGGCAAGAGGAAAUAGCCGAAAGAUCUCAUGAAAACUUGAUGGACAAGAUACGACAGGCGGAUGAAGGAGCAUACGAGACCGAGGAGCGUCUGGACAGGUGA